UAGGCAGCUCCCGCCGCGCGCUCUCCGGCGUGCCAGGGCUCCCCUAAAGCAAUGGGCGGCGCGCCUCGGAGAUACGACACACUCUAAAUUAGUACGCAGCGCCACUGCACAGAAUGGCAGCCCACAGAGCGUGCUGCAAGGCUCGGCCCGAUUUCCUGCCGCCGCUCGUCCUUUCGCUUCUCCAGAUCUGGCGGAGGGCGAAGGGUGUGGCGGAGGCGGGAGACAUCCACGGACGUGCCGCACAAAAGAGAAGGCAUGCCUGAGGCCAGACUGUGGCUGCCGCCGCCGCCACUGCCUUCCUUAUUAGCUGGAGCAGGCGGGGUGGGCGGGAUGCCUGGCGGGUGACCUCCCUCUCCUUCCGUGUGCCCUCUUGUCUGCCCUGUCCUCCUUGCCUUCAGUAGCUACCACCAGCCUCCGCGCGGCCGCCAGCCAAACGCCAUGAGCGGCUCCAGCCCAGAGAAAGAGCAGCCUGGCGACAAGCCGAGCGUCUCCAACUGCAGCAAAACGGCACUUUCUGAGGAGGAAGCAGCCGGAGCCGAGCAGGACUGGGAAGCGGCGAAGGCUGCCUAUGAAAACCUCACCACGACCAAGAGACCCCGACCUCCCAAACCCCAAAAUGCCAUCACCAUUGCUGUGUCCUCCCGGGCUCUCUUUGAUAUGGUGGAAGAGAGGAAAAUCUACGAAGAACAAGGGGUGGAAAAGUAUGUGGAGUAUCAGCAGGCAAAUGAGAAUGCCACCCUGAAGCCAGGACCAGCUUUUUCUUUUGUGAAGGCAGUGGAGCAGGUCAACGCCCGACUUCGUGAGCUCUACCCAGAGGAUGAAGAGCUGUUUGAUAUUGUACUCAUGACUAAUAACCAUGCUCAAGUGGGGGUGAGACUUAUUAACAGCAUUAAUCAUUAUGGUCUGUUAAUCGAACGAUUCUGUAUGACUGGAGGAAAGAGUCCUGUUGGCUACCUGAAAGCAUACCUUACAAAUCUGUACCUUUCUGCUGAUUCUGAAAAAGUUCAAGAAGCCAUAGAAGCAGGAAUUGCUGCUGCCACAUUGUUUACAGGGAAUAAAAAUGUCCCUUAUGAUGAUAAGCAGCUCCGUGUGGCCUUUGAUGGGGAUGCUGUUCUUUUUGAUGAGUCUGAAAUAAUUGUGAAAGAGCAUGGCCUUGAUACAUUUUUUGAGCACGAGCGAAUAAAUGAAAAUAAACCUCUGGCACAGGGUCCUCUGAAAGGUUUUCUGGAAGACUUGGGAAGGAUCCAGAAGAAGUUCUAUGUCAAGAAUGAACGGCUGGAUUCGCCAAUCAGGACUUACCUGGUGACAGCCAGAAGUGCUGCUAGCUCUGGAGCCAGAGUGCUGAAGACUCUCCGCAGCUGGGGGGUGCAGAUUGACGAGGCCCUUUUCCUCGCAGGGGCACCCAAGGGACCAGUCUUGGCAAAAAUCAGGCCUCAUGUUUUUUUUGAUGAUCAGAUGUUCCACAUAGAGGGAGCACGGCAACUGGGUACUAUUGCUGCACAUGUGCCAUAUGGUAUUGGGCAGAAGUACCACAAAUCCAAACUGAAAGACAGCUCUGCCAAAAAUUAGUUCCUUUAAACUUGAACAGUGUGUUUCAGGCAAAGUUUGAAAUUUCCAUAUUUGGGUCUUAACAGGAUUAUAUUUACAAGAUGGCAGUUCUUGAUCCAUUUUCACAGGAGAUGUUUUUUACGAUAUACAUAUUUGUGUGUGGCCGGGGGGUGGGGGCUAUUUUAAUAUCUACUCCUAAACAAACUAGUCCAUAAUUAAUUGAACUAGGAGUGUGUUUGCAGGAUCAGGUUAACACAAUACAAUCCAGUAUAAAACUGAUACUGUUUCCAUUUAUUGAGAUGCAGAUAGUUCUCCUUUUGUCACUCUAAACAGGUUUUCAGUGCACCAUUUAGAACUAGAUCUGUGCUGCAUUAAGAACAUAGUUCCCCUCAAACACCAAAGGUAUAUUUUAUGUAACAGUUACUGGUUAGGGGCUCAGUAGUUUGGGGCCUACAUUCCCUUGUAUGUUAUAGGAUUUAUAUUGUACAUAAUGAUGUAAACCAAUUGGUAAAUGCCAGAAUUGUGGGUCUUUUUAUUUACAGGGCACCUUCCUCCCAAACCUUUUAAAACUACUUUUCCACUUUAAUAAAAGCUGGCUUUGGAGACUA